UCUACAUCUCUCCCUCCUUGUUUGCACAGCCCCUCUCCUGGCUCUCCAUAAUUCUCUCCCUCAUGGCUGUCAACGGUCAUGUUGAACAGGCAGAUAAUGGCGAUUUCUCUGUUCAAGUUAGAAGAAGGGAAUUGGUCCCUGCAGAUUCACCAUUGCCAGAGUCAUGGCUUCCUUUAUCAAAUCUAGACUUGCUUCUGCCUCCCGUUUAUCCCACCUUCUUCUUUGUCUAUGAAAAGCCAAUUGACAUCCACCUUAAGUUUCAGUCCAUGAUCAGCGCUCUGAAGAAAGCCUUGUCAAAGAUGCUCAUUCCUUGCUUCCCGCUAGCUGGGGAGGUGGUCACUAGCCCAACAGGUGAACCGGAGAUCCACUGCAACAACAAUGGCGUCGAGUUCAUUGAAGCUUAUGCAGAUAUCGAGCUCCGGAACCUCGACCUUCACCAUCCCGAUGCUUCCGUCGCCGGAAAGCUGGUGCCCAAGAGGCCAACAGCAGUUCUGUGCCUUCAGGUUACUGAGCUCAAGUGCGGAGGAACGGUUCUCUCUUGCACUCUGGAUCACAGAGUCUCAGACGGCUACUCCGCCAAGAUGUUUUUAGAUGCUUGGGCAGAGAUGACCACAUCCGGCACCAUAUCCGCAGCCCCAACUUUCCGACGCUCCCUUCUUAGCCCGCGCCGGCUGGGAUUGCCGGACAAGUCUCUCAAUGAUCUAUACAGGGUUGCACCACCAGCACUGCCCUACACACCCCGAGCACACGAAUACGCAGGCAGGAUUUACUACAUGAAGGCGGAAGCCAUGGCCUCUCUCCAAGCUCUUGCUGGCAGCAGCCAUGGCACUAAGAGGACCAAGUUUGAAGCAUUCAGCGGCUGCAUGUGGAAGGCAAUGGCAAAGAGUGCUGGAGAUGGGGAAACUUGCAAGAUGGGAGUGAUUAUAGAUGGACGGUCGCGAUUGGUAGAUGAUGUGAGAUCAAUGGAUACAAUGGCUAGAUAUUAUGGAAAUGUGUUGUCACUCCCUUAUAGUGAAUCAGAAGCCAAGGAGUUAACUUGUAACCCCUUGAGUUGGGUAGCUGACCAAGUACAUGAUUUUCUUGAGUCUAGAGUCACCACAGAUCAUUUUCUAGGGUUAGUGGAUUGGGUGGAAGCCCAUAAACCACAUCAACUCAUGACUAGCUUAGUGUACAAAGGCACUAUGGAGGGACCAUCGUUUGCAGUCUCCAAUGGGAGGGUUUUCCAACCCAGCAGGCUAGAUUUUGGCUGGGGAAAGCCAAUCCUUGGGUCUUGUUAUUUCCCAUGGGGCGUGGACUCGGGCUAUGUUAUGUUAAUGCCGAGCCCCGUCGGGGACGGAGAUUGGGUUGUUUACAUGCAUCUCUUCAACCACCAACUCAACAUGGUGGAAGCUGAGCUUUGUGAUAUAUUAGAGCCACUCAAGUUAGCCAAUCUCAUGAGCUCCAGUUCACCUAUCUGCCGUGGCGGAGCUACAUUUUAGCUGGUGUAAAUGUACAACCACGGUUGUUCUAUAUAUAUUUUUUAUGUGAUUGUUCUUA